UUUCUAUGAAAGUCCAAAAAUAAUUAAGCAUCUUUAUUAGUAAACCAUAUAUUAAUUUUAUACACCUACGCAUACAUAUACACAUACACCUGUCUGCUUGCAUUUUUCUACAACUUCAACCACUCAUAUUAGAACAUUUUCAAGCAUGAAAUCCACCCAGUUUGCCCUUGCUGCCAGCGUUGCCCUGAUUGCUGCUGCAUCGGCUCAGAGCACCAGCAGGAACCCUGACGAGGCUUUGAUCACUGCCCGCUCCGAAAGCGUCUCACACGCCUCUUCCAACUCCAAGGCACCCAGCUCAGCGAGCAGCGAUAACAAGUCCAAUAAUAAGGACGACAAGCCCAAGAGCAGAGAUGCCGCUGACAAGAAGGGUGCUAUCACCAGCGCCGUCGCCAACGCCGGUAAGCAGGUCAAGGACGCCAAGGACGCUAACAAGGACACAAAGAACGCCAAGCAGGCCAAGGGCAACUCGCCCGCCCCCGAUGCCAAUAGCGCUUCGCACCAGAUAGCCCUCUCUGGUGCCCUUCUCGGUGCUGCUGCUGUCCUCGGCGCCUACAUUUAGAUUAUUUUGAAUGUUAUUCUAAACAACAUUGUUAUUUUAUUAAUCAAG